AUGCUUACAACCAUGUCGCCCGCGCCCCUCUCGUCGGACGUCCUCCUCGCCGCCGUUGCGGGAACCGUGGUCGGAGCCGCCGUUGCUGCCGCCGCAUUUUCCGCCACCCGCUUCGCGCGCUCCCGAGCAUCCGCCGCCUCCGCUAGCAUUUCCCCGCCUGACGUGGCGCGCUGUCGCUGCGCCAGGUCGGCGGAGCCUGCGCAGGAGCGCGGGCAAGAGCGCGCUGAUAGGCCGGCGCAGUGCAGCCGCUGUCGUGAUUCUUGCGCCCCCUGCGAUAACCAGCGGAGCGAUUGCGCCGUUGGCGGAGGGCAGUGCGGGGAUACGCCGGUUGCGGAACCGAUAAUGUUGCGGAAAGGGGAAGGCCACGCGCAGGAAGAAUGCCACGCGCAAGGGGGAAGCCACGCGCAAGGGGAAGGACGCGCGCAGCACGUGGAUGAAAAUGCGAAAGAGAGCAGCGAAGAGCGGCACGGGAAUGGAGAGCAGCGAAGGAGAGACGUUGCCCCCCGGAUGGCGAUCACUCGUUGCGCCACGGUGGGAGGGUGCGCAGAGGUUGGGCGGGCGGCGGAGAGAGAAGGCGGGGAAAGGGAGGGGAAUGAGGGGAACGAUGGCGGAGCCGCGGAAGAAGGGACGGGGAAGCAACACCCGAAGAAAAACGAUCCCUAUGAUGCGAGGAAAAGGAACGGGUUUUUGUCAUGGGAUGAUUACUUCAUGGCUGUGGCAUUCCUCUCUGCUCAACGAUCCAAGGACCCCAACAGACAGGUUGGAGCAUGCAUUGUCGGCAGCGACCAUGUCAUUCUGGGUAUUGGGUACAACGGCUUUCCCCGGGGCAUCUCAGAUGACCUUCUGCCCUGGGCCAAGCUCUCAGCACACAACGACCCACUCGAAACCAAGUACCCCUACGUGUGUCAUGCGGAGGUCAAUGCGGUGCUCAACAGGAACCACGCCUCCGCGCUAGACCAGCGCAUCUACGUGACCAUGUUCCCAUGCAACGACUGCGCUAAAGUCAUCAUCCAGGCGGGGAUCAAAGAGGUCAUUUUCUUCUCAGACAAGCCACCCACUCGCAACCCCAAGGACAUUGCUUACGCUGCUUCUAGGAAACUGCUGGAGCUGGCAGGGGUAAAGGUGUGGCAGCACUGCCCGCAACAGGAUUCGCUUACCCUUUCGUUCUCCUAA